AAAAAAAAAAAAAGGAAACCGGAGCAAAGAGAGCGCAAGGGAGAGAUAGGGAGACAACACUACCCGGGUAGCUAUGGAGAUAGUAGGUUUUCCUGGUAGCUUUCUUUGACAGGUGUCGAGUGGGAUAAAAACAAAAGUAUCAGAACAGCCUCCAAGAUGUACGGCAAGGGUAAAGGAGCCGUGGUCCCCUCCGACAGCCAGGCGAGAGAAAAGUUAGCGUUGUACGUGUACGAGUACCUGCUACAUGUGGGAGCACAGAAGUCCGCACAGACCUUCCUGUCUGAGAUUCGAUGGGAGAAGAAUAUCACAUUAGGGGAGCCUCCUGGAUUCCUCCACUCGUGGUGGUGUGUAUUCUGGGAUUUGUAUUGUGCGGCUCCAGACCGAAGGGAGACAUGCGAGCACUCCAGUGAGGCGAAGGCCUUCCAUGACUAUAGCGCGGCGGCGGCGCCCAGCCCCGUGAUGGGCAACAUGCCCCCGAACGACGCCAUGCCAGGUGGUCCCAUGCCCCCGGGCUUCUUCCAGGGACCACCCGGCUCUCAGCAGUCCCCCCACGCACAGCCCCCCCCACACAACCCCAGCAACCCCAUGAUGGGACCCCAUGGCCAGCCUUUCAUGUCACCACGGUAUCCAGGUGGACCGCGCCCCGCCCUCCGAAUGCCAAAUCAGCCUCCGGGGGGGAUCCCUGGAUCUCAGCCGCUCCUGCCAAACAGUUUGGACCCGACGAGACCGCAAGGGCAUCCUAACAUGGGCGGACCGAUGAGAAUGAACCCACCUCGAGGAAUGGCCAUGGGCCCACAGAAUUACGGCGGUAUGAGGCCUCCUCCGAACUCCAUGGGCGGCCCGAUGCCCGGAAUGAACAUGGGCCCCGGAGGACGAGGGCCUUGGCCGGGACCCAACGCCAACUCUAUAGCGUACUCCUCCUCAUCUCCAGGGAACUACGUGGGUCCUCCGGGCGGAGGAGGUCCACCUGGAACUCCCAUCAUGCCCAGUCCAGGCGAUUCCACCAACUCCAGUGAAAACAUCUACACGAUGAUGAAUCCCAUCGGACCGGGCGGCAACAGACCCAACUUCCCUAUGGGACCCGGGCCUGACGGGCCAAUGGGAGCUAUGGGAGCCAUGGAGCCGCACCACAUGAACGGAUCACUAGGGUCCGGGGACAUGGACGGGUUGCCAAAGAGCUCCCCUAACAACAUGGGGGGCAUGAACAACCCUCCCGGGACGCCGAGAGACGACGGCGAAAUGGGCGGAAACUUCUUGAACCCGUUCCAAAGCGAAAGUGUGAGUAGAGCGAUCGACCGGCAUCUCACGACCCUUAACGGUUACCCUUAAUGCUUAACAGUUACCCUUUACUUUACCCUUGAGAGGUUUCCCUUAAUGGGGUUACCCUUGAUGGUUACCUUAACAGGGUUACCCUUAAUGGUUAAGGGUUACCUUAAUGGUUACCCUUAAUGUUUAACGGUUAACCUUAAUGGUUAACGGUUACCCUUAACAGUUACCCUUUACCCUUGAUGAGGUUACCCUUAACGGGGUUACCCUUGAUGGUUACCUUAACAGGGUUACCCUUAAUGGUUAACGGUUACCUUAAUGGUUACUCUUAAUGUUUAACGGUUACCCUUAAUGGUUACCCUUAACAGUUACCCUUUACCCUUGAUGAGGUUACCCUUAACGGGGUUACCCUUGACGGUUACCUUAACCUUUACCCUUAAAGGUUACCCUUGACUGUUACCCUUAACAGGGUUCUUCUUAACAGUUACCCUUAACAGGGUUACCCUUGAUGGUUACCCUUAACAGUUAUCCUUAAAGGUUACCCUUGACUGUUACCCUUAACAGGGUUCUUCUUAACAGUUACCCUUAACAGGGUUACCCUUGACGGUUACCCUUAACAGUUAUCCUUAAAGGUUACCCUUGACUGUUACCCUUAACAGGGUUCCUCUUAACGGUUACCCUUAACUGUUACCUUAAGGUUAACCUUUAAGUGUAACGGUUAACAGGGUUACCCUUAAAGGCUACCCUUAAAGUUUACCCUUGACUUCAUGACCAACCAGCACCAGAAUGCAAGCAGAGGGGUCGCCUCAUUUCUCAAUAUUGACCUGUUUUGGUUCAUGUUGUGUCUUGUAUGUAUUUCUUUAAUGUAUUGGUUUAGUCCAACACUUCUUCUUCUUAUUCCUCUAAAGAGGCGUUGUUGU